AUGGAAAAUUUUGGUUUAACGGUCUUACAGAAAGUGAAAGAAGAAUUUUUUAAUAGAGAAGAAAAGUUUACUCAUGAUCCGAUACUUCUGGUGAAAUUCGACGUUACCGAUGAGAAAAGUAUCGAACAAGUAGUUCAAACAACGAUUGACAAAUGGAAAACUAUCGAUGUUCUUCUUAAUGAAGCAGUAAUAGUGACGAUGGACGAAAUUGAAGAAAUCUCAACAAAAGGUUGUUCACAUACAUUUGAUGUCAAUGUUCGUGAUUAUGUCCUAAUGGCGAAACGUAUCGCUUCGAUUCUGAAAAAAAGCAACGUUAUGAUUCAAUUUGCGUUUAAUAUUCGUCUCAAUUCAAUUAGUCCAGGAUCAAUUGAUUCAUCACGUCGAACUCAAAUUGUCAAAGAUAAUCAUAUAACUAUUUAA